CAACUUCCUGAUUUCGUUUAGUCAGCAGAUUACUCGUUUGCAUUCUUCCAAGAAUUGAUUAUUAAUUGAAACUUUGCCCAUGUCACACACAAGUGAUAAAGCUCGUCGGCUGGUUUUUCUAGGCAGCCAAGCUGAGCCAUGUUUGAUGCAAGAAGAAGUACCCAUUCCAAUGUUGAAACCUGGUGAAAUCCUCGGAAAGCUCCGAAUGGCAACCAUAUGUGGGUCGGAUUUACAUACAAUUAGCGGAAAGAGAAAAGAGCCGGCGCCGAGCAUUCUUGGACAUGAGGGUGUUGUGGAAGUAUUUAAUCAUUUGCGUCCAGAUGCUGACAUCAAAAAAGGGGACAGAAUAACAUUUUACAUCAUCAACUGUUGCAAAAAGUGUGUAAACUGCAGAGAAGGACUUCAGCAGAAAUGCAGUUCUUUGUUCAAGUAUGGUCAUUCUAUCAUGACGGAAGAAUCACAACUUAAUGGUUGUUAUGCAUCUCAUAUUAUCAUACACAGUGGAACACAUGUUGCAAAAAUCCCUGAUCAAGUCAAAGAUAAUGUGGCUGCUACAGUUAAUUGUGCACUAGCAACAAUGGUUAAUGUUGUGUCUGGACUAACAGGAAAAAGUCCUUAUCGUGACACAGUUGCCUUAAUUCAGGGUUGUGGUCUUCUAGGAAUUUAUGGCUGUGUGCUUCUUCGUGAAGCUGGCUUCAGCAAAGUUUACUGUUCUGAUAUUGAACCCAAGAGACUGAAAAUGGUUCAAAAGUUUGGUGGAAUUCCCGUCAUAGCAGGUGGAAGCCCUCCAAGUGAUCUUGGUGAAAGUUCUGUUGAUGUGGUUAUAGAAGUUUGUGGUUUCCCAGGUGUGAUACCUGAUGGAGUAAGACUCCUUCGUACUGGGGGUUUAUAUGUGCUUGCUGGUAUGGUACAUCCGAAUUCCAAUUUAGAUAUCACCGGUGAGCAGAUCAUACGAAAGUGUAUCACUAUUAAAGGAAUUCACAACUAUGGUCCCCAACAUCUGGAUGAAGCUGUUUCAUUUCUUUCCAGAACAUGUGAUAAUUAUCCAUUUGAAGAACUCUUCAGCCCAUCUUUUAAACUGAUGGAUUUUGAACAAGCCUUGCAACUUUCCAAACAGCAAGCAUUUAACAGAGUUUGUGUGGAGCCCUGAAGGACACUUUUGUUCCCUGAGUCGUUGUUCCCUUUCACUCCCUGGACCUGCACUUUGCACACAAAUAUCAAAAAAUUUUUUAUUAUGAUUUUUUUUUUAUCAUUAAGGUACGAGGCAUUCCGUUGCGCGCAUAAAUCCAGAUGGUAAAAUAUGAAGUAAGAAAUCGAAAAGUGUACUCAAAAACCAAAUAUUUUUUUGAAAUACAUAUUGAAUGAUUAAAUCGAAAAGUUCAAGUAAUUUAAUCCAAAUGAUAUUUAUUAAAACGACAUGCACGACGAAGGUUUUACAGAAAGGUAGCUUAUAUUUAUCAAAUAUGUACUAACUAUUGAUUACUGAAAACUGAUCACUUAAUUUAAUGUUGAAACGCAAGGUGUGAUCAUAUAGACUCCCAUGCUAGAGCCUCGUGUUAGAAACGUUCGAAAAACAAGAUAUAGAUGAAAAUAUGUAAAAGUAAAAUUACGUAUAAUUAUGACGAUACCACCACGUAUACUAAUUACAAGAUCAAUUAAUAAAAUGUGCACAAGAAACACGUGACUUUAUUACAUGCAGGUCAUGCACUGCCACCCCGAGAGCUAACAAAGCCCGCAUUAUAACGAAAUUGUUUCGAUGUAGGCGAGGAUACAAUGAAACGUGGUGGUGUGAGAAAGAACUUAUUAAUAAAGUUGGUUAUGAAUGACAA